UUUGCCUCCUCCUUUCCAUCUCUAGAUCCUUGAGAGUGGUCGGUGGUGAUCAGGCCUGCGGUGGGCCUUAGUGGAGACUCGGUCUCCUCCGCACGAACCUGACUGAGGCCCAACAAUGUCGCCCGGAGCGUCGAGCCAACUCCGGGAUAGGGACCGUCGUGCCUGGAGUCCGUCGACUUCGUCAGCUCCCGGCCUCGCUCCUCGUCAGACGCGGAUGGCGGUGGCACCGCGGGCCCCGGCACAGGACAGCGUGACCUUUGAGGACAUUGCUGUGUACUUCUCUUGGGAGGAAUGGAGACUCCUUGAUGAGAACCAAAGACACUUAUACAUCGAUGUGAUGCUGGAGAAUUUUUCUCUCAUAUCUUCACUGGGCUGCAGUUGUGGAGAAGAGGAUGCAGAGGCCCCUUUACAACAGAGUGUUUUUGAAAGCCUGUCACAGACCAGGACUUCCUGGCCAGCUUCAUCUUCCCCGAAGACCCACUGCUGUAAGAUGUAUGGCCCCAUAUUGAAACACAUUUCUCUCAUGGCUGAGCAUCAGGGAACUCAAACCAGUCAAAAGUUGUUCAGGUAUGGAGUGUGUGCAGAAAGAUUUUAUUUCAGUGCAAAGCAGCAGCAACAAGAGAAACACAUGGGAGAAAAAAUUUUCAGAAGCAUUGUAGACAUGGCCUCAUUUGGUGAGAAUGGCUGUUUCCAAGAGUUACGAGAAUCUUUUGCAUUUGAGGAAAGUGGGAGCGACUCUUUGGCCAUUUUAGGACAUCUCCAAGAACAGAACACUUUAACUGGGGAUAAGUCAAAGGAAAAUAUCCAGCAUAGAACAUUACAAGGCAAAAGUCCCCACACUUUGGAAGAAUGCAAGAAAAUCUUUGAUCCCAAACAUACACUGGCUCCAGAUCAGAAUGUUCAAAAUGGACAAGAGUUUUUUGUGUGCAGUGUAUGUGGGAAAACCUUCAGAUACAAAUUAUCAUUUAUUAUGCACCAGAGACUGCAUAAUGGAAAAAAGCUUUAUAAUUGUAAUGAAUGUGGUAAAUCUUUUAAGUUAAGCUCAACCCUUAAUCAACAUCAAAGAAUUCAUUCUGGGGAAAGGCAGUGUAAGUGCAGCAAAUGUGGGAAGUUGUUAAGCCAGAAAUCUGCACUCAUUUAUCCCCAGAGAUGUCACAACCAGGAAAAUUGCUAUGUGUGCGGUGAAUGUGCAAAAUAUAAAAGCUGUAGUUCAGUGUUCAUUCGCCAUAGGAAAGUUAAGACUGGAGAAAAGCCUUAUAAGUGUGGUGACUGUGGGAAAUCCUUUACCUCUCUUUCUGCACUUAGUUAUCAUCAGAGAUCUCACACAGGGGAAAGGCCUUAUGAGUGUGCAGAAUGUGGGAAAUCCUUUAUUUCUAAGCCUGACCUUCGUUAUCAUCAGAGAGUUCAUUCUGGAGAAAGACCUUUUGAGUGCAAUGAAUGUGGGAAAUCUUUUAUCACUCGUACUGCUCUCCGUUAUCAUCACAGAGUUCACACUGGAGAAAGGCCUUAUGAGUGUACUGAAUGUGGGAAGUCCUUUACUCGAAGAAAUAACUUAAUUAUACAUCUAAGAGUUCAUUCAGGAGAAAGGCCUUUUGAAUGUAAUGAAUGUGGAAAAUCUUUUACAUUCAGCUCCAGCCUUCGCUAUCAUCACAGAGUCCACACUGGAGAAAAGCCUUAUGAGUGUACUGAUUGCGGAAAAUCUUUUAACAAUAGGUGGACACUCAUUCGACACCGAAGAAUUCACACUGGGGAAAAACCGUAUAUGUGCAAUAAGUGUGGGAAGUCUUUUACCUGUAGCUCCACUCUCCAGUAUCAUCAAAGAGGUCACCUUGGAGAAAGACCUUAUGAGUGCAAUGAGUGUAGUAGGUCUUUUACCACCAGUUCUGCCCUCCGUUAUCAUCAGAGCGUUCACUCAGGAGAAAGACCUUAUAAGUGCACUGAAUGUGGAAAAUCUUUUAUCUCUCGCUCUGACCUUCGUUAUCAUCAGAAAGUUCAUUCUGGAGAAAGGCCUUAUGAGUGUAAUGAGUGUGGAAAAUCCUUUAUUCGAAGAAAUAACCUCACUUUACAUCAGAGAGUUCACACAGGAGAAAGGCCAUACCAGUGCAAUGAAUGUGGGAAAUCUUUCAAUAAUAAAUGGACACUUAUUCAGCACCAGAGAGUUCACACAGGAGAAAAGCCUUAUGUAUGCAAUGAGUGUGGGAAAUCUUUUACCUGUAGUUCCACCCUCUGUUACCAUCAGAGAGUUCAUGCAGGAAAACGACCUUAUGAAUGCAGUGAAUGUGGGAAAUCAUUUACUUCUAGUUCCACUCUUCGUUAUCAUCAGAGAGCUCAUACAGGAGAAAGGCCUUAUGAGUGCCGUGAAUGUGGGAAAACGUUUACUUUCAGUGCUAGCCUCCGUUACCAUCACAGAGUUCACACUGGAGAAAGGCCUUAUGAGUGCAAUGAAUGUGGGAAAUCCUUUAAAGAUAAAUCCCAAUUCAAUAAACACCAGAGAGGUCACACUGGUGAAAGACCUUAUGAAUGCAGUGAAUGUGGGAAAGCCUUCAUCCACAAAUCUUCCCUCUCAAUACACCAAAAAAUUCAUGAUAGAGACAGGUCUUAUGAGUGUAGGGCAUGUGGGAAAUCUUUUACCUCUCUCUCUGGCCUUGGUUAUCAUCAGAGAGUUCACAAAGGAGAGAAACCUUACGUGUGUGGUGAAUGUGGAAAAUCCUUUACUAAUAGCUCAAUUUUGAUUCGACACCAGAGAGUGCACACUGGAGAAAGGCCAUAUGUGUGCAGUCAAUGUGGGAAAUCAUUUACCAGUAGUGCCACCCUCUCUUACCAUCAGAGAGUUCAUGCAGGAAAACGGCCUUAUGAGUGCAGUCAAUGUGGGAAAUCCUUUACAUCUAGUUCCACCCUCCGUUACCAUCAGAGAGUUCACUCUGGAGAUCGUCCUUAUGAGUGCAAUGAAUGUGGAAAAUCGUUUAUCACUAGCUCCAAACUACGUUAUCAUCAAAGAGUUCACACUGGAGAAAGGCCUUAUGAGUGCAGUGAAUGUGGCAAGUCCUUUAGAGAUAGUUCCCAAUUCAGUCAGCAUCGAAGAGGUCACGCUGGAGUAAAGCCUUAUGAAUGCACUGAAUGUGGAAAGUUUUUUAUGCGAAAAUCCACUCUCUCUCAACAUCAGAAAGUUCACACUAGAGGAAGAACUUAGAU